AUGGACAUUACACCGGUAUUCAACGAAAUCCUGCGGAAGCGCAAUGCGCCCAUCGUCACCGAAAAGAAGCUCAGUCUCGAAGCGAUUGAUGGCUUCCUCAAAGAGGCUUACAGAAUAAAUUCCCACAUCACAAACCUCCACAACGAACUCAAAGAUGUCCGACAAGCCUACCUGUCAACAGCGCAGCCGCGCAAAUCACACAUCCACGCCGCCACCCAACAGCAGCAACGUCACCUAACAGACCACGAUCGCGAAGAAGUCGACGCAAACGCAAAGCAAAUGCUCCGCGAGCUCAACGCAAGCAUCACAGCCCUCAACGAAGCAGAGCUCCUCCGCCGCGAAACCGAAACGGCCGUUAUCCGCAAAAAGUACGUCAGCAGGCUCGGCGCCUUGGGAGCCUGGGCCGCCGCCAGCGAUGCGGGGGGGGACAGCGACAAGGGAAAGACGGCGGACCACGCCGCAGCCGAGGCGCGGGCGAGGACGAUUGGGCAGCACCGCGACGAGGUGAUUCAGAGUCUGAGGCUGGGACUGCAGCGGUGCGGGAGGACGCAGCAGGAUAUGAUGGAGGUGAGGCUUACGAGGGAGAUGGAGAAGAAUCGGAGCGUAUUGGCUAAGGCUGGUGGUGGGGGUGCGAUGCCUGAGCUGGGUGGGUUUUAUGAGUCCAUGGCGAAGAGUGCUGCGGCCAACAAGGGGACGAUGGGCAAAGCUGGUGGUGGUCUGCCGCCUGUGGAUGAGGGUGCGUCGUCGUCGUAUGAUCCGCGAGAGGGUCUUACGGAUGAGCAGAUUCAGAUGUUUGAAAAGGGGAACCAGGAUAUGCUCCAGCACUACAACAGCACGCUGGACAAAGUCAGGACGGCAGAGAAGUCGCUGCUCGAGAUCGCAGAGCUGCAGACGCUGCUCGUGGGCAACUUGGCGACGCAGUCGGCGCAUAUCGAGCAACUCGUGGCGGAUUCGGAAAACAUCACGGCGGAUGUGGGCGGUGGUAACAAGCAGCUGAAGAAGGCGGCGCAGCGACCGAGCGCGGCGAGGUAUACGUUCUUCGCGUCGGCGGGACUGUGCACGUUUUUAAUUCUGUGGGACUUGAUUAUAUAG